AUGGAGCAACAAAAAGAUAUUAUGAAAAAUUUACAAUCAUCAACGACAUUCUUUUGCAAUAUAAAAGGUAACCCAUUGUAUUUAUCAGGGUCCGGAACAAAUUCCGGAAAUGCAUGCUGUGAUACAUCAUUGUCAUCGAUAUUAUCACCAUAUCAUUUUCGCAAUUGGGAACUCGAUCCUAGCACCGCAUUUAGCCAAUCGUUUGAUCAUUGUGAAAUAUUUGGGACAUUUUAUGAUAAUUUCAUCACUCCUCCAUAUGUUUUCAAUCAAACCGCAAGUGAAUUAUAUGUGCAUAACGAAGAGCAACAAAUAACGAUGAAUACGAACGCAGCGUGUAAUUUGGAAAAGUUAGUGCAACGACUUGAGACAGCGACAUUACGUCUGGAAGCAUUAGGAGCUCAAAAACCAAUGUUAGCACCGAAACCGACUAGAAAUGGUACAUCACCAGCAUCUACUGUUCCUUGUAAG